AUGAACAAAAUAAAAGGUAUCCAAUGGAUUAUGAAAAAUACUUAAUUAAAAGAAGGAACCAAGAGUUUAAAAUUUAGAGAUGUUAAACUUGAAUAGGAUUAAUCCCUUAGUUGGAUGGAGGAGAGAGCUUAGAUAUUCGAAAAUCCCAACUAUAAACGUUAGCAGGAAAGUCAUGAACAGGACAAAAUAUAAAGUUGCUCCUUAAUUAAUGUCUAUUUGAAGUAAUAAUCCUUCAACAAGAGCAUGCUUUAUUAAAUCCUUUCCGAAAAGGAGUUUAUCUACGGUCUAUUCAAAGAAGAAUCAAUUAAAUUUGAAGAUAAAGUAGAAUAACCCCAGAAAAAAUAAAGAUGA